AUGACCAACCCGGGUAUUUUCGAAGUGGACUUGGUGUUCCCACGCAAUGCGACUUACACCCCCCAGGCGCUGAUGCCCAUCGUGUGGGCGGUGCAGCGACCAGAUAUGCCUCCCGCAUUGGCGAGCUCAAUUACUUGGAGCCUAUUAGAAAGCAAUAAUUAUACCGCACCAGGCUCCUCAGACGACGGCCUUAUUGAGAUGCUCUCGCCAUUGCCAGGGAAUGAAACGCUGAUCUCGAGGUUCUUUAAUACCAUUGAGUAUCCAGAUGGAUAUUGGAAUUUGACUUGGACUCUGUGGGUCAACAAUUGCUCUCAGGAAGGCUCAUCUCAGUACAUCUUGAAAACUGGCUCUACAGUAUUUACGAUAAGCAAGUCGGGCCAGGAACCCGAUCUGGUGGCUGCUACUUCUGCUGGUCAAUGUGAUGCGAUGGACGCAUAUGCCUUCAACGUGACAUCCUUCGGUGAAAAUUGCGGUUAUCUCGGCCCAACUCCAACCACCAAUCCGUGCGCCGUGAACAUCAGCUCAUCCGCCGCCUCCAGUCUAUACGCCUCGGCCACUACCUGGUAUUGUGCACCCAAUACUGUCGACAAUCCCAACGUGACCUGUCCGACCAGCACCAGUACGUCCUCUGCCAGCAAUCCGGCGAGUCAAUCGUUCAUGGUCACAAGAACGGCCUUGUUAAUGCUACUGGUCGGGAUAACCAACUUCAUAUUGAUGGGUUAG